CGAUAAAACCUGAAUUAGGUACCUUUUGGGUACCUGCCGUUGGGCAACGCUCUACGCGCCGCCGCCGCCGCCGCCGCGCCGGGUUGCGCAGCCACCUCGAAAAUGUCGAAAGAAAGUGAAUGCAACAUGAACCUCCGCGUCGAUCGCCAGUCUCCAACGCAACGCGGCGUACACAACCGACUUUGCCGCCCAUUUUAAACGCGCGGCUUUUUGAACUUGGAAGCGCGUUCGGUUUAAAACAAAAACAAAACAAACUUUUUCAUAAUGACCAGGAACUGAUUCAGUGUGAACAGCCAGUGUGUUUAUGUUUUUUUGGCUACAAAAAGAGGUUGUAAGAUGGAUUUGUUAAGUGAAGCAACUUCGGGGGGCGGAAGAGUGCUGGCGGCUCGGCACAUAACAGCUGACCAGGCGGUUCCAGAGGUGAACAACGCAGUCAACACUUCCUUGGUCUGCCACUCUAUGGACUUUAUGCCGGAUUUUAAGUCCUACAUGACGGCACUACACAUGUACGGGCCAGUCCUAUGGGCGCUGGCGGGCGCGGCGUCGCUGUGCACGCUGCUGGUGUACGGCCUGUCUCUGCGGGCGGCCUACAGACGACGGAGCACCUUCGCGCAUGCCGCCGUCAUACUCGCUGUGUAUCCUGUGGUGGCCCUGUCAGCGCUAGUCUCUCUCAUCGUGCCUCGGGCCAGGCUGGUGGGCGAGGCAGUGGCGCAGGAGGCGGUGAUGGUGGCGAUGUACCACCUGUUCCAACUGCUGGUGGCUGAGUGCGGCGGCGCGGAGCAGCUAGUGAGGUGCGCUGAGGGCGCUCGGCUGGAGACGCGCGUGCUGCCGUGCUGCUGCUGGCCCUGCUGCGUGCUGCCGCGGCCGCUGCUGCACAAGAGCAGAAUCUCAACUCUACGGUAUCUGGUGUUGCAAAUGCCGAUAAUACAAGCCAUCCUAUACGUGGUCAUCCUAGUUCUAUGGGCUGAAGAUAAGAAUCUCUACGCCAACUCCUUCAUCAUGAUCCAGCCGUUCAUAGCCUCCUCCAUCCUGCUGGGAGUAUGGGGCAUGAUCAUGACGGUGCGAGCGGCGGAGGCGGCGGGCGCGCGGCCCCGGGGGAAGUUCCUGGCGGUUCAGAUCGUGCUGCUGGUGGUGAAGCUCCAGGGGGGAGCCGUCAAGGUCGUGCCAGCGCUGGUCAAGAUGCCGUGUCUGAUGGCGCUGCAUCCGUCGGUGUUCAUUAAUUUGAUCCACAACAGUCUGAUGCUGGUGGAAGUGUUUCUGCUCUCCGUGUGGGCGUGGUACCUCUACAGUGCGAAGACUGACAAGUUUGCUGACAAAUUCGCUGACAAAGUGCAACACGCCGUGGUGGCUGUGUUGGAGGAAUCACCCAAAGCCAACUCUAGGAAGUUGGACUUUACGCAACGAGGCAGCCGGCCCAAUUCGUUUGGGAGCGAAGUGAAAUGAUGAUGAAAUUACAAAAUUAUAUAGGGAAAUGUUAUAAACCAAUUGGAAAAUUAUGUGAAUAUGUAGAGCUUCUAAUAUGCACUAAACUUAUCCUGGCAAAUAUUAUAUUGACUCAACG